AUGCCCUCACCCAUCCCACUAUCCCAUUCCGUGCAUACGUUCAUGGCAACAGAGCAGUCCCAAGUCCUACCAGAAGAAGCUGUCACAGUGAUAGACACACCACUAGCCAGGCAAGCCAGCCCUGUGGAGGCCAAAUCUGGUAUGGUAUCUGGCCAGAAAACACUUCAGACUGAUGGGUCAUCAGCUGUUGGCAACCAGGUGUGGGGUCCACCCCGGAUUGUCCAGUUGAUCAGAGAACCUGAGAGGAGCUUGGGAAUUAGCAUUGUGGGGGGCAGAGUGGAUAUGUUUAAUGUGUCGCAGGAACACAGCAAUGCUGGCAUAUUCAUCAAGCAGGUUAUAGCUAACAGUCCUGCAGGCAGGAACGGAACACUCAAGAAAGGGGAUCGCAUCCUGGAAGUGAGUGGUUGUGAUGUCAGAAAUGCUACUCAUGACGAGGCUGUGGAAGCCAUUCGCAAUUCCCCAAACCCAAUUACGUUUGUUGUACAAAGUCUUUCAUAUUCACCUUGCCCCACUGACCUCGAGUCAUCCCCAGUGAAGUCAGUUCAGUCAUUUAAGAAAGCAGCCUUAAGAACAGAGAGUUCCUCACCGUCGUCUCCGGAACCUUCAUCCCAUCAGGGUGAUGUCAAGAUGUCGGACUCCGUUACUGACAGUGAGUCAGAAGAUGAGUUUGGCUAUACGAAAAAGCACAUUAAAAAGAAAUACCUUGACCUGCCUGGCACCCUUCAUCUGGUGGAUUUGAACCGGGGUACUUCAGGUAUGGGGCUCGCACUGGCCGGUAACAAAGAUCGGAAUAAAAUGAGUGUUUUCAUCGCUGGCAUCCAGCCAGAGAGCGUGGCAGCCCGGGACGGAAGGAUCCAGGUUGGCGACGAACUGUUAGAGAUAAAUGGUGUCAAUCUACUUGGCCUUAGUCAUCUGAAUGCAUCCGCAGUGAUCAAAGGUGUCACCGCACCGAUCGUUAAACUGGUCAUUCACAGACGAGAGGAUUUUCUUGAUCACAUGGCAAUCAAACCAUUGUCCUACGGUGGAUCAUCCCAUGUUGCCCCAGCGGCAGCGUCUCCUUCCUCAGCACAGUCGCUGACACCACAGGACGUUGUUCAAGUGGUUACCUUGCAGAAAUCAAGCGGUCAAGGACUAGGAUUUGGCAUUCACGAAGACACCAAGAAUGGCAGACGUGGUAUCUAUAUAAACAGCAUCACACAAGGUGGACUCGCUGACCAGGACCAGCAAUUAGAGGUCGGUGACGAGAUCUUGGAAGUCGAAGACAAGUCUUUUACAGGCCUUCAUUAUGAAAAGGCCAUAGAGAUUCUCCGAGCAGCACAAGGCUCUGUACGGUUGAAAGUACGAAAGGCUGGUAGUAUCACAAAUGUAGGUUUGACAACAAAUGCCAUCUCUGACAGCGGUCACAGAAAAAUGCAGUUACUAAAUACUUUAGGAGAGUCAUCUACAGACCAUAUAGAAUCUUCGGAAAGUGGAGAUCCAAAGACACGCCCUAUAGCAGCUGGAAGGCGCACCUACAUAGAGAUUGAGAAGGGAAAGGUAGCAUUAGGAGUGGGAAUAGUCGGUGGAUCUGACACCUUGCUGAAUGCCAUUAUUGUCAGUGAGAUCUAUGACAACGGGGCUGCUGCCAAAGAUGGCCGCUUGUGCGUCGGUGACCAGAUAUUGGAGGUAAAUGGCGAAGACCUUACUGAUGCAACUCAUGCUUCGGCUCUUCAAGUUCUUCGCCAGACUACAUCGAUUGUUAAAAUGGCAGUUUACAGAGACGAAAUCAGAGCCGCAGAAGAGGAUGCGCUGGAUGUUUUCUCCGUGGAACUGGUCCGUCGACCUGGCAAAGGUUUAGGACUAAGCAUCAUGGGGAAGAAAAAUGGUGCUGGUGUCUGUAUCUCUGACAUUGUGAAAGGGGGCAUAGCUGAAGCUGAUGGACAUCUUAUGCAUGGAGAUCAAAUUCUGGCCAUCAACGGAGAGAACGUGAGCAACAGUACACAGGAGCAUGUAGCUACUAUUCUAAAGACAGUCACAGGGAAAGUCCACUUAUCCAUCGGCCGACUCAAGGCAAGCUCCAAAGCUUCUUCUACAAGUAAUUCCAAUUAUGGCAUCUCACUAAAAAAAUCUGACUCCUCGGUCAGUAACAAACCAAAGGGCAAACAUUCCAAAA